AAGAGUUGUGGAAAUUCAAAUAUCAACCCCAACCUUCUAAAAAUAUAAAUAAAGUUCAACAAAAUUGUCCUCAAAAUAAAAUACUAGCUAGUAUUUUUAAAAAACACAAAAAAGGUAAUCCUUCAGAUGAAUUGGCUACUUAUUUAAGAGAAUCUACUGCUGAUCCUGAUGAUAAUGAAAAUGAUAUUGAUAUUUUAGAAUGGUGA